AUGGAGAUAAGAAAGUAUGCUGCAAAUAUCAUACAUUAUGGACAGCCAAGAAACAACCAGAAAAUAAUCUGUAGAAAGUGUCUUGAAGAAGGUCACAUAGCUGGUGAAUGUACAAACGACUGGAAAUGUAAAGGGUGUGGGAAGUCUGGUCACAAACAAGACGCGUGCACAGAAGGUUUGUUCACAGAGGAUGAACAAGACAAUACAGAAAGCUCAGAAUCUGAGGAAGAGAAAGAGAACGAAACAUCAAGCGCACAAACAGGAGAUGUAGAAGGAAAUGAAACUGAUGGUAAAUCAACAGAAUCCAAGGCAAAGCAAAAUAAUAAAGAAAACCAGAAAGCGACACAAAACCUAAGUGACACAGAAUUUGUAAAUCCAUAUCAGUCAAUUCCACAGGAAACCCAAAAGACCCCAAAAGACAAUAUCGGUAGAAAUGACGAACGACGUAAAAAAAAGAAAGCAAAAAAACAGAAUCAAACACAAAGUAAUAUGUCAGACUAUGUACAUGUUGUUAAAACAUCAAAUACAACUAGUGAAACAGUACCAAAAACACCAAAGUCAACAAAUGUGAAGUGA